AUGGGUGUCGGCGAGCGCGGCGUCUCCUCCUGCCCGCCCAACCGCCGGACGAUGGCGGCCAGGCGCUGCGUGGAGUGGCUGCUGGGCCUCUACUUCCUCUCUCACAUCCCCAUCACCCUGUUCAUGGACCUGCAGGUGGUGCUGCCGCCCGAACUCUACCCGGUCGAGUUUAGAAACCUGCUGAAGUGGUAUGCUAAGGAAUUCAAAGACCCCCUGCUACAGGAUCCCCCAGCAUGGUUUAAGUCCUUCCUGUUUUGCGAGCUUGUGUUUCAGCUGCCUUUCUUUCCAGUUGCAAUGUAUGCCUUCUUCAAAGGAAGCUGCAGGUGGAUCCGUAUCCCUGCCAUCAUCUACUCAGUUCAUACCAUGACAACUUUAAUUCCAAUUCUCUCCACAUUUCUACUUGAGGAUUUCUCCAAAGCCAGUGUUCUCAAAGGACAAAGACCUGAGACCUUCCAUGAACGACUGACUCUUAUAUCUGUCUAUGCCCCCUACUUAAUCAUCCCUCUCAUACUACUCCUUUUCAUGUUGCGGAGCCCCUACUACAAGAAUGAGGAGAAAAGAAAGAAAAAAUGAGGGAAACAACCACUGGCAGUGGGGAGAGAUGCCUACAGGGCAGUUGCCUAUUAGACCCAAUACAAAGAAAACUGCUCAGAACCCAUGUUUUCAGUAGCAUUUGAAACACACCAGCAGCAACGCACAAGAGCAAGAUAAUGGCAGGAGCCACAUGACCCUUAACUUCCAGCGGCACUGGGAUGAACAGACCGACCAGCAGAGAGGUGUGAUCUAGGUUAGAGGGAAGUGGUGCCAAAUACCUCAGUAUGGGCCUAAGUUCCAUUUCAGGAUUGCGAAAGCAGAACCAGACCAGAAACUAGAUAAACUUCCAAGAACAUGGCCUGCUUGACAUGUUUGAGUCAUUCGACCCACAGUAUACAAAGGUCCUUCAGAAAGUCUGUGGAAAAAUUGAAUUAAAAGAUAAUAUAGGGCCGGCCCGGUGGCGCACUGCUACAGUGCGCCGC